AUCAAGGUAGCGUCAUGUCUGACCUACAACGAUCUAUCGUUUUAACAGUCUAAACAUGCUAAAGGAGAUAACGUAAAAGGAAACCUUUUUACCAUUUAAUUUCUAGGAAAGGGUGCUGAAACAUGGAAGGCAGCCUUACCAUUCCUAGUCACAUAGAGGACCUGACAAAAUGUAUGUAUGAACUACAACAGGACGGAAAAUUCUGUGAUGCAGGUCUCGAGUGCAAAGAUGGCGUCAUAUUUGUUCAUAAACUUGUUCUUAUGGCAUGCAGAAGUCCAUAUUUAAGGAAUCAAUUGGUGUCUGAAAGUGAAGGUGAAAGAGUUUAUGUCAGUCUAAAAAAUUAUUCAUUAAAAACAGUAUGCUGUUUGGUGCAGACCCUUUAUACCGGACAGAUAAAUAUUUCCCAGGAGAAUGAAGUAGAUUUUAGUCGUUUGUGUGAGAUGAUAGGGCUUGACAAAAUAAAAUCUGCUGCUGAAAAUUUGAUUCAGCAUGAUCAAAAUAUUUAUGAGAUCGAAAGCAUAAACCCAUUUUGUGCUGUUCAAGUUGAAGAGGAAGUAAUAGAAUCACAGGAUGAGAUUACAGCACUUGUGGCAUCUGUCAAUCAUGGACCAGAUGACAACUUAGUUGACAGUACAAACACUGUUGAUAAUGUAGAGGAUCUCAACUAUGACAGCAGUGAUGUAAAAGUUGGAAGUGAUAUGGUUAAAAGGAGUCAAGAUUCAGAAGGAGAAAGGGAGGCAGACAAAUCUUUUGAUCCGCCCACCAUGCCCACAAGAAGAGAAACCAGAAGCAACAAGAGAAGAAAAAUUUUCCAUAAUGAGAACACAUCACAAGCAAAAGACAAUGCCACAUCAUCUAAUGUGGCAGAAAUAUUGACCAUUGCAAGACAGUUGUCUGGAAUAGAUGAAGCACAGCCAACUAAACCUGCUUCUUCUUGUCGAGAUCAAACUAAAUCCAGUUUAUGCUCUCUAUGUACAAAAGAAUUUGUCAAUGAAGACGAAAAUGUAACAGAUCCAAGCAAGAAAGUUUGCACAGAAUGUAUGGUUUUAUUUAGUGGAGAAACCAAUGAUGACCAAGAGGUGGGAACUGAACCAGACCAAAUACAAAGUUACAACAGUGAAGAUGGUGGAGAACACAACAAACAGGACAGUGUUGAUUUGGAAGAGGAAUGUUUAAAGAAGACUUGUGAAGAAGGAUCGCCACUUCUAGGCCUCAUUGCCUUAGAAGAAAGUGACUGUGAUCCAUUACCAUGGUUACAAGAACAGAUAGUCAUUGAUGGAUGUGAAAAAAAUGAAAUCUCUGACAGAAAGCUUAGAAAUAAGAGCCAAUCAGAUAAAGGAGAGAUAGAAUCAGGUGAGACCAAUCAAGAAAAGUUGUGGCAUUGUAAAAAGUGUGAAUUUUCAACAGGUGAUAAGAAGGAACAAGAGAGACACCGAAAGCAUCACUCUUACCUCAAAAGAAAGCUCAAAAUGUCUAAACUAUGUAAACCUCCAAAAUAUUUUUGUGAUGAAUGUGGAAAUGAAUAUAAAACUGAAGUUGGUUUGAUUCAACAUAAAAAAUUAUCGCAUUCGGAUAAGCCUAUAUUGAGUUGUGUACUUAGAGGGUGUAAAUCCCGUUUUGUGGAAGAAUCUGCUUUACAAAAACAUUUGUUAUGGCACAAAUCACAAGGUGUUCUGAAAUGUAGGAAAUGUGCACAGGUAUUUGUACUAAAGGGUGCACUAAAAAGACACGAGGAUUAUUGUGUCAAAAGAUUAAUGUUUCGAUGUGACAUUUGUAAUAAAGUGUAUAAAGCUCAAAGAAAUCUUUCUGAACAUAUGAGCAAAAUGCAUUGUGAGGGGGGUAAAGGCUUCAAUUAUAGGGAAUCUUUAAAGUUUAGCAGAAAUAUCAACAGUUUGACUUCUGGAGUUGAACAGAAUAAAAGAGCAAGUUUAACAGUCGAGAAUACAAGUUUAGAAACCACGAUGGAAGAGUUUAAUGCUGAUAAUGUUGAGGAAUUUGUUGCAGGGAUGAAUUCAAUUUUACUCACCCAGCAGAAUGAGAAAAAAACAAGACAGACACAUGACGUUUACCGUUGUAUACAGUGUGAAUUCUCAACAGUAGAUAAAACACAGUAUACUAAACAUAGAAAACACCAUGAUUAUUUAAAGCUUAAGCAAAAGCUAAAGAGUGCAGAACCCCAAUCACAAACUUGUGGUAAGUGUGAAACAGAGCAUAAAGCUACACUUGACUUGAAAGUUCAUACGGAAAAAGUACAUUCUUUGGUAUUUGAAUGCCUCGAGAAAGGUUGUUUUAAAUAUUUUUCGGAUGAACACAAGUUAAAUGAACAUUUAAUAGAGCAUGCAGAAACUGUUUUAAUAAAAUGUGGGAAGUGUGCAAAAUCAUUUGUUACAAAACAUGAUUUGAACAAACAUGAUGUUAUCUGCAUUCCUAACAGAACAGUACAACGUGAUACUGCUCAUGAAAACGAUGAAAAUGGUGAUGAUGUAGUUGAUAAUGAUGACAUGGAUGAUGAUGAUGGUGAUGAUGGUGAUGAUGAUGAUGAUAAUGAUGAUGAUAUUGAGGGUAUUGUUAAAACGUUAAAUAAGGCUAUUAAUAAGAAAAGAAAGUCAAAGGUUUAUAAAUGUGAGAAAUGUAAUUUUUCAACAAAAGAUCAUAAGGAUUAUGAAAAGCAUACACGCCGCCAUCGUUAUUUAAAUUGGAAGGAAACACAGAUACAUAUUUGUAGAUAUUGUGGGUUGACCUUCAGGACAAUAUCAGGAAUGACUAAACAUGAGCUCACUUUUCAUUCGGAUCAAUUUUAUAAAUGCAAGGUUAAAUCCUGCACUAGUGUAUUUAAGUAUAAACAGCAAUUAGAAAAACACAUAUUAAAGCAUAAAGAAAGGGGUCUUUUGAAAUGCAAGAAAUGUAACAAGAAAUUUGUUUUUAAAUAUAAGCUAACACCACAUGAAGAUAAAUGCAUAAGAAAUAUGACAGCAAAUGAACAGACUCAGUGUCACUUAUGCGGAAAACAGGUUGGGAGCAAAUCAGGAUUGUUAAAGCACAUGAGAAAACAUUAUGAUGGAAUGUUUCAUUGCUUUUGUGGAAAAACAUUUGACAGUAUUAAAAAUCUUAAUCAGCAUAAAAAAAUUCACCAUGAUCCUAUGCUUAAACCAUUUUGUGAAAAAGAGGUUUCCGAGGAGAGUGACGAUAGUAUAGAUUCAGAUUCAGAUGAAAUGGAAAAUAGUACAUCUUUAAGUUCAAGUGCAUAGUAUAAUUCGAAAAGUACUAAAGAAAAGCAAAAAGUACUUGAAUAAUGGAAAUGAAGAGUUGGUUAUAAAACAUGUUUAUUUCGCAGAUUGUCACAAUUUAACAUCAAUAGUGGUCGUGGAAUGGCAACAGAAAAUUAUGAAAAAACUUAGUAAGAUGUGAGAAAGGAUUAUGACAUGGCGUUUGGUGAUAAAGGUGAUAAGUUGAUAUUGAAGAAUAAACAAAAUGAUGGUGAUGCUAAACGUUGGCAUUGAAUGAAUUUAUCUCUGAUGUUGUAAAAUGAAGAUAUUAUUGACUAUACAUAGUGACAUUGAAUAGUCUGACGAAUAUAUGCGUGUACCUUGCAAAGUCCUCAUUCUCGUCAGACAGUUUUAACUUGAUCUCGACCUCUAUAUAUCAGAUACUAUAGGCGAUAGGUCUCCUAUAUUUGAUGUAAGGAAUGAUUGUAAGUUGAACCUGCCAUGGCCAAUUGGCAGGUAUCAUCUGAACUUGACCUCAUUUUCAUGGUUCAGUAGUUUAAGUUUCGUUUUUGUCGAGCCUGCGACUUUUGUCUCAGAAAGCUCGACAUAGGGAUAGUGAUCCGGCGGCGGCGGUGGCGGCGGCGUUAGCUAACUUCUUAAAAGCUUUAUAUUUUAGAAGCUAGAAGACCUGGAUGCUUCAUACUUUGUAUAUAGAUGCCUUAUGUUACGAAGUUUCCGUCUGUCAUAUGUCCAUUGUCCUUAACCUCAUUUUCAUGGUUCAGUGGCUUCUUGAAAAAAGUCAACAUUUUUUGUAAUGUUAAUUUCUUUCUUAUUGUGAGUAAUAGGAUAACUAUAUUUAGUAUGUGCGUACCUUGCAACAGUAGGGUGCCCAGUCAGCAAAUUUGAUCGAUUUGGGUUAACGGAAUAACACACGGCUAUAUUUUAUAUCAUUGGAAAGAAGAGAACAAGCCUCGUCGAAAUAUUGAUGUCGUCGUUGUCUACAGUGGUCACGAUUUUCUUAAAUUUGGGUCAAAGGUCAAAUCUAAAAUUUCAAGGAAAACGUAGAGUCUCGUUUAGACGGCUGGCCACCCCUACAUAUUUGCGUUUAUAGCAAAAUAAAUUCGAAUAAUUCAAAGGAUUAUAACUAUAGUUUCUAUAUUUAGGACUAAUUUGAUAAUUAUAUUGCCAAAUAUGGUUCGAGAUUGACAUUUGUACUUAUAGGGUGCACAUUUACAAUUUUCAUUCAGCUGUUAAAUAACAGUGACCUUGACCUUUUAAAAAUUCAAAAAUCGGAAUUUUUACAUAAGAUUCGAUACAAGUGAUCUUUAGAGAUAUUUUUUUAGAUAUUAACAUUUAUAAGUUGCCCUCCCAAAAUGUUACUUUUUCCGUCUUUUGAUAGAAGGUGUUCUUCAUGAUGAUUUUCUGGGUAAAUAUCCUAUUUUCUUUUGAUGAACGUGGAAGCACAUCAAAUAGUACUUAGUUCCAAAACUGAUGAAUAUUAACGCAGAAUUGAUUGAAUUAGCAGGUCUGAGUAUAUAUUUGCUUUACAGAAAAAAAAACAAAAAAAACUGCAAACGGCGAAAAAGGGGGAGGGUUUAUGUUACAAGUUAAGAAAACAAAAUGAGAAUUAGAAACAGCAGGCUGAUCACUCCAUCUUACACACUUAUAUCAAGUGUAAUGUACAUGACUUAUCGAACAUAAAUUGGCCUACAAUUGACAUGAAGUUAAAGAUUAUCUACAAAAAGAAAGUUUUGUACAGCAUCGAUGUAUCUUACAAACACUUGUAAACAACAUCAAUCUUAUUAAAAUAUAGAUAUCUGUUUUCGUUAUCCUCAUUUGAGCUUAUAUAUAAGAGCACGCGAGUUAAUAAAGAUCAGAAUUUUAAUAAGAGCGUAACAACAUAGAAAAAUUUCCGAAGCUAGUAGUAGCUAUUACGUUUCCUUGUCUACUGUUAAGUUGAAAGCCCACUCAUACCGUAUGGUCGGCUAUAAAAAGGCCAGUUAUGAAAAAAAUGAAAGAAUUCUUUUGAAAAAAAAUAAGGUCUGAUUUAUAACAAAAGCUAGUUUUUACGGUAAUGAUGUUUAUGAUCAUACUUUUCUCGGACUAUUGAUGACGUCCUUAUAUUAGUUUUCAGUAAGGGAACACCCAUUUGAUUUCGAAAACAGGGAGGGAAUGAGGAUUUUGAAAAUGAAUUACUUGGCCUGGUAUGAACUGAAAUAAUUGACUUUGCACAAGACAGGAUGAGAAUGAACACUCUUCAACAUGAAAUGCAGGAUAGUUGAGGAUAUGAAUGUGUACAAAAGUGAAAAUAAAUUUUCUCGCCGCCAGUCCCAUCCCUUUCUUCAGAAUAUAAAAUGUUCUACCCUAACGGCGAGUACUAUUAUAUCGGUACUUUGUGUUUUUUGUCUUCAUGUUAGUUGUUUUUGUGCUUCGUGCCGAUUUGAAGCCAUUUCAAACUGUUUUUCAGCAGAUUUUUCUUAUACUGUGUUGUUAUACCAUUGUCCAGGUCAAGGGAGGGUUGAAGGAUCACAAACAUGUUUAACCCCUCCAAAUUCUGUAUAUGUCUGUCCAAAAUCAGGAGCCUGCAAUUAAGUGGUUGUCGUUGGUUGCUGUCUGUUGUAUCUGUUUUUGUGUUGUUGCACGAACGGUGGUAUAUUUGUCGUUCCCACCGAGAGGGAUUUAUAGGUCGAAAACAUCAUACAAGACUUUUGAUGUGCCAUAUUCCGGGUGUGAAACAAAACCGACCGAUUUGAUUCUUAUACUACAAUUAUAACAAAAUAUUUAUUCAAUAAAAAGUUUCAAGUUUUGAAAAACAGACACAAAACAGAUUUCUCCGAACAAAGUGACAAUCUACAAAGUUAGUUGGCUAUUCACAACAAAUAAAUCAACCACACAACAAGCAAAAACGACAAAUGUUUUGAGUGACCUCUGUCCUUGUUAAUGACCUAAAAGUGUAAACAACAAAAUGAUUAAUGGCACGAGAUAAUUCGUGUUUAAUCAGUUCCAAAAUGUUGACUUAAUUUGUGUUUUAAAUUGCUAAUUUCUUCAAAACAAUUUUUAUUUCACGCAUGUAAUUUGGCACACACAUGCACUGUGUCUUAUUGCUAAAAUCAGAGUAAAAAAAAUUGUGAUGAUACACGUAAUAAUUUUGCUUUCGAUGAAAAUAGGGUAAAUUUCGGGUAAAAUUUUACUCUUACUAAAAUGAUGAAACACUUAUAUCAAAAUCACUUAAAUACUUUCCGAUUUCGUUAUAUGAUAUAUUUAAUAUAUAAACUAUAUUAAAGGUACUGUUUUAACUACCAACAAAGAACGCAAUAAUUUUAUUUUUCAUGUUAAAGAUUCCCCGUACAAUACGGUAUCUGGUGGUACCCUGUAAAAACACGAAAUUAAGAAAAUCGUGACCACGGGAACUUACGACGACAAUCAUGAUUGUAAAAUAUAAAGAUUUUCCUAUAAUGUGCAAAAAAAUCAGCCGUGUGUUAUCCGUUAACUUAAACUCGUUAACUAGAGGACUUUUUGGACAUUGGGCACCCUACUACAAGGUCCUCAUGCCCGUCAGACAAUUUUCAUUUGACCCCGACCUCAUUUCAUGGAUCAGUGAACAAGGUUAAGUUUUCGUGGUCAAGUCCAUAUAUCAGAUACUAUAAGCAGUAGGUCUACUAUUUUUGGUAUAUGGAAUGAUUGUAAGGUGUACAUGUCCAACUGGUAGGUGUCAUCUGACCUUGACCUCAUUUUCAUGGUUCAGUGGUCAAAGUUAAAUUUUUGAGUUUUGGUCUUUUUUUCUUAUACUAUAUGCAAUAGGUCAACUAUAAAUGAUGUAUGGAAAUAUUUUAUGAUGUACAUGUCAGUCUCACAGGUUUUAUUUGACCUUGACCUCAUUUUCACGGUUCAUUUCUCAGUGUUUUCUUCAACUAUAAGCAAUAGAUCAACUAUAUUUGAUGUAUGGAAGAAUUGUAAGGUGUAUAUGUCUGUCUGGCAGGUAUCAUCUGACCUUGACCUCAUUUUCAUGGUUCAUUGGUCAAUGUUAAGUUUUCAUGGUUAAGUUUGUUUCUUAGAUACUAUAAGCAAUGGGUCAACUAUAUUUAAUGCCUAAAUUGAUUGUAAGGUGUACAUGUCUGUCUGGCAUGGUUCAUCUGACCUUGACCUCAUUUUCAUGGUUCAUUGGUCAAUGUUAAGUUUUCUUGUUUAAGACUGUUUCUUAGAAACAAUAAGCAAUAUGUCAACUAUGUUUGGUUUAUUGAAUGAUUGUAAGGUGUACAUGUACUUCUCGUUUGGUUUAUCUGACCUUGACCUCAUUUUCUUGGAUCAUGUUAAGUUUAUGUGUUACUUGUAGUAAAGCUUUGUAUUAAGGACUAUCAACAUAAAAUCAAUGGUUAGUAAAGAAGGCGAGACAUUACAUGUUCUAGGACAUCAAUAUUUGGUGUAUGGAAUGAUUGUAAGGUUUAUUUUUGUCUAGCUAUUAUCAUCUGACCAUGACCUCAUUUAAUGGUUUAUUGGUCAAGCUUUAGUUUUCCUGGUUGACUUUGUUUCUAAUAUACAAAUUGCAAUAUGUUUACUGUAUUUAAAGCAUGUAAUAAUUGUUGUUUGUACAUGUCUGACCUUGGCCUCAUUUGUAUGGUUCAUUGAUCAAUUUUAAGGUUUCCUGGUUGAGGGUUGUUUCUUAAACAUGCAAUAGGUCACCUAUAUUUGAAGCAUAUUUGGUGUAUCGAAUGAUUUUAAGGUGUACUUGUAUUUGUAUCUUGGUUUAUCUGACCUUGACCUCAUUUUCUUUGACCAUUUUAAGUUUAUUUGAUAGUUGAAUUAAAACUUUAUAUUUAGGACUGUCAACUUAAUAUCAAUGGUUAGUAAUAACGGCGAGAUAUUUCAACGUGUGCUCUAUUGUAUUUUUCAACUUUUGAUUUAAAAAAAAAUAUAUUUAGCCACCAAAAGUUCAUUGAAAGUGUAACUAUUGUCUAAGGAAAAGAAAAUUAUUCUAAAUAAUGAAUAGAUGGCAAUUAAGACUGAUUUUUAUCAUACAUGUUCACGAUGCUAUUUGUCAAACUAUCGCUUUCAUGUAGCCAUUUUCUUAACAAAUAUGAUAAAUUGAGACAUUAAAGUGUGAAAUUUA